AUGUCUUGUGGGUCUUUAGCAAUGUAUCAAGAUUUCAUAGGAUUUUAUGACAGACUUUUUCACAUCAAAUCGAACGAAGCUGUUGAAGAAAUGAUUAAUUUAAUCUCUUCAAUUUUAAUCACUAAGUACAAAAUGUCUUUUCAUGCGCUAUUCAAAAGCAUUUUCAGAGCAAUGCAUUCCAACUAUCGAUCCAUCAAUGUCUAUGUUCAAAUUCUAAACCAAAUUUUAACAAAAUUUUCAUUAAAAAAAUCCGAAUUUGUUUACCGUGAUGAUGAUUUUUUUGAUGAAUCCAAUAUUUUUAACUUAAAACAAGAUAUAGUAUCCUCGUUCCCUAAAGAAGGUGAAAUCGGUUACAUGAUUAUGCAUGACCAAAUUGAUUGUUUCAAAGAAUAUAUUUCCAAUCAUUCAUUAGCAUAUUUAUUAAUGUUUUGCAGAUUUAAAUUCUCUCCAUUUCAACAAUUAUCAUUACUUGAAGCUUGUUGUUAUUUUGGAUCUGUUAACAUUUUCUUUUUCCUCAUUUCAAACGCCGAAUGUAUAAUCACUCAAGAAUGUCUUAAAGCUUCUAUUUUUGGAGGGAACACUGACAUUAUAAAUGAAUGCAUGAAGAAAAAUCAAAUAGAUAAAUAUUGCGUGAAUUCAAGUCUUGUUUCACAUAACAAUCAAUUCUUUGAAUACAUUCUAGAAAAUGUUAUGUUUACCUCUAAUUUUAAAGUUGAAUCAACAUACUGUAGUGACGAUGAUUACUCUGAUAAUAUUGUAUAUAUAGAUCAUUUUGAUUUUGAAGAUUAUUUUGAUCAUGAAUGUAUCAUUGAAUCACAAAAUUUAAAUGCAGUAUUACUUUUGUACAUGAAAGAUAAAAAUUUAAUUUUUCCAUGGUGUGCUGCAUUUCCUCAGUUACUUGAUAUCAUCAGGAAGGAAUCUAUGAAUGAUUAUGAUCUAGUUUUAGAUUUACAAUUUCUUCAUUAUGCAAUAGAAAAUGCAAGUAUUGAAACUGUAAAGUUUGUAAUUUCACAAAAUGAAGGUAAAAUCCCAGAAUACAUAAAUCUUGAUUCACUUCUGUUAUAUGCAGCAGAAAAAGACAGUAAAGAAAUUGCAGAAUUUCUUCUUUCUCAUGGUGCAGAUAAAGAUGCUGACAGUGAUGAAGUAACUCCCCUUUAUGUAGCAUUAAUUAAUAAUAGUUUCGAGACUGCCGAGAUUCUUAUCUCAAAUGGUGCAAAUGUCAACAUUUGGAUAGCUGGUAGAACUGCUUUUAAUUAUGCUUUAUACAAAAAUGCCAAAGAAAUCGCUAAACUUAUUGUUUUGCAUGGUGCAGAUAUCAAUAAAAAAGAUAAUUAUGGAAGCACCGCUCUUCAUUGUGCAGCAGCAGAAUUUAAUGAUAAAGAAAUUUUGGAAUUUCUUAUUUCACAUGGUGCAGAUAUCAAUAUUAAAGAUCAAUAUGGGAAAACAGCUCUUCAUUAUGCAGCAGCAAAAUGUAAUGAUAAAGAAAUUUUGGAAUUUCUUAUUUCACAUGGUGCAGAUAUCAACAUUAAAGAUCAAUAUGGGAAAACAGCUCUUUAUUAUGCAGCAGCAAAAUGUAAUGAUAAAGAAAUUUUGGAAUUUCUUAUUUCACAUGAUGAAGAUAUCAACAUGAAAGAUGAAUAUAAAAGAAUAGUAUUUCAUCAUAUCGUACUUUACAAUAAUAAAGCAUCGUUGGAAUGUUUUAUUUCUCAUGUUGGAGAUAAUAAUUCAAAAGAUGAUUAUAUAAGGGAAGCUUUUCAUUAUGGAAUAUCUAUUGAAAUUGCGGAAUUUCUCAUUUCACAAGGUGCGGAUAUUAACGCAAGAGAUAAUUUUGGAAAAACUCUUCUUCAUUAUGCAGUAGAUCAUGAUAAUCAAGAAAUGAUGAAAUUUUUAAUUUUACAAAAUGCAGAUGUCAAUAUAAAAGACAACGAUGGAAUGGCACCUAUUCAUUAUGCAGAUAACAAAGAAACAAUAGAAUAUCUUAUUUUGCAUGGUGCAGAUAUUAUUUCUGUGAAUAAUGGGAUGUCCGCUCUUCAUUGUGCAGCAAAAAAUAAUAAAAAAGGAUUUAUAGAAUAUCUCAUCCUGCAUGGGGCAAAUGUUAAUGUAAAAGACGAAAAUGGAAAAACUCCACUUCAUUUUGCAGCAGAAUUUGAUCGUUUAGAAACAGCGAAGUUUCUGAUUUCUAAUGGUGCAGAUAUAAAUGCAAAAGAUAAAUUUGGAAGAACAGCUUUACACUAUGCAGCAACUCUCUGUAUUAAUGGUUUAGCAUAUUAUCUUAUUUUGCUUGGUGCAAAUAUUAAUGUAAAAGACGAAAAUGAAAAAACUCCACUUCAUUUAGCAGCUGAGUUUGAUCGUAGGGAAGAAGUAGAGCUUCUAUUUUCUUAUGGUGCAGAAAUAAAUGCAAAAGAUAAAGAAGCAAAAACCCCUCUUGAUUAUGCAGUCCAAAGAAAAGGACAUAAUGUCAUCAACUACCUUGAAGGCGUGGCGAAUGGAAAGAUCCAUGCCUUCAAAUUCCUCGUUGACGACUUCUAUUUCAAUAACGACACCGAAGAAGACUUCUAUUUCAACGACAUCGAAGAAGACAUCUAUUUACAUAACCGCGAUAUCUACUUCCAAUACAGCGAUACAGACGAGACUGACGAACUAACCGAGGAAGAGUCCGAUGCCUAA